AUGUGGCUGAUGGACAAAAUCAGGGACAGGGUGGAGAGCCUUCCCCAGGAGCUAGCUCACCUUGUGGCCAAGGCAGACGCCUGCCUCUCUCCCAAAACCACGCUUUCCAAAAAUCUGAACAACAACAUCCUCACUCCAGACAAGAUCCCAGAGUUUUGUCUCCCCCCAAAGCUCUUCAGGAGGAAGAGCCUGGCAUGGAAUCCGGAGGGACCCCCAGAGUACUGCUUUCCCAGUGGGGCUCUACUUCAGAAGAAGAAGAAGACUUCCCAAGACACUACCCAUGAUGAGGAGUCCUUCAGGGAUGCUUGUCUGGGAGGCACAGCGACGGCCAAGACACGGAGGGUGAGGCCUCCCCCGUUCUCUGCCGAGGGCUACGGGCUGGCCGGCGUGUACGAGAGCCCAAACACUCGACGGAAAGAGUCCUUGUUUCAUGGGAAGUGUCCUGGUUACGUGUUCGAUAGGAGCCAACGGUGUGAGAUGCAGGUGGCAAAUCGCACACAGCAGGCGCAGAGGAAAACCUUAUCGUCACCUGGCCUUCUCCCAUUGUUUCUGGGCAAGAGGCUUUCAGAGACAGGAAGUACAGAGAGCGAAACCUCCUCUUCUUCUUCUGACUCCACUCCCAUCGGUUCUCCUUACAGUACCGGCUCUUCCCUCCACGUAUUGGUGGAACGGGCAGGGGACCCUCAUUCGACGGGGCUCCACCGUGGCCUCACUUCUGCUCCGGCUGCUGCUGCUGCUGCUGCUGCUGCCGUCACCUCGGGCCCUGGGGCCCGCCUGCUGACCCUGGUCCCGCCCACCGUCCUCCCCGUGGACACCCUCCAAUGCCAAAAGCCUCUUCAGCAUGAGCACAGCAUCCCUCUUCUGGGUGGCGGCUAUGUCCGGCUCUCCACAGAACGUAUUCCGUUGCCACUCUCCUCUUCCACUUCCUCCUCCUCCACUUCAGGCACCUUCACAGUACGAGUCCGGGUGGUGUCGGUGGAGGGCCUCAUGCGGGAUGAUGCGGACCAACGACCUCUGAGCUGCGCUUUGAGCCUGUGUCUGGUCCCGGGGAAGCUGCAGCUUCAGAAGAGUGCCACCAUCAGGAACUGUAGCCACCCUGUGUUUAACGAGGAUUUCUUCUUCACAGAGCUGAGUGAGGAGACCCUUUCGGUGCUGGAAUUGAGGUUGAAGGUGAUGGAUAGGUCUGCUUCGGGAACGCUGAGACGAGGGGCGGUAAGGGCAGUAGUCCUAAGACCACUCAGCCAGCUACUCCCUUCUGAGGUCAAAUAG